UGCGGACCAGGAUGACCUGCUGCAGCAAAGGGUAAUGAAUCGGUUAACGACAUGGGGGAAGGCCCCCCAUCUUUCCCUGAUGGGUCGAGCGCUAGUUGUAAACAUGGCACUGUUUGCACUACUGUGGUAUGUAGGAAAGGUGCGUCCCCUUGGCAGCAAGACAAGAACAGUGGUGAAAAGGAGGGCAGCGAAAUUCGUAUGGAAACCAGGCGGGCGGGAUUCAGAGGGAUUUAUGCCAAAGGUGGCGUGGGACACAAUUUGUCAUAGCAGACAAGAAGGAGGGUUGGGCUUGAAAGACCCGGGGAAGCAAAACAAUGCAAUGGUAGCUACCUGGGUACCUAAGGCCCUUGCAACGGACAAGGAGGAGCACUGGAUCCUGCUGGCAGAGACGUCACUGAUGAAAAGUUGGAAGCUGGCCAGAAGGGAGGACGUCUGGGCAUGCAUCGGGAUCGACUCUUACCUUCGGAGACCAGUUCGCUCAGAGCUGUGGACCGGAAUACUAAAGGCCUGGAAGGAAGUCAAGCCCGACAGAUGGACAGAGCCUGUUACGAAGCAGGAGGUUCUGCUGCAGAUAAUAUUUGAAAAUCCAAAGAUAAGGAACGGGGAAGGAAAGAUGCUGAUGGCGGACAGGAAAGCCGGGAGUUUUGGCAGGACUUGGAUUGAACAAGGCAUAGUUCGGAUCAGAGACAUUUGGAACGAAUUCAGAGAAGACUGGUGUACAACCUCUGAGAUAAAACAGAGAAUGGUCAACCUCAGAAGGGCAGAAGAUAAACUAGCGGAGGUGAUCUCAGCGAUACCAGCACAAUGGAAGCAGAUCUUGGAUCCGGGUAGCCUUGACCCACCAGGCACUUGGUACACAGACAAGCAAGCCCAGGACAAGACACAGUUCUGGAAGCUCGUAAGCUUCGAAGAGGGUGGAGGGCGCAAGUUCGAGUUGUGGCUGAGAGGAGCAACCCAGUCUUCGGCACUGCUCACACGAAUGGAGGAAGAAGAUCGAAUCACCAGACCACCGCCAGUCCUGACGCAA